AGCAGCAGCAGCAGCAGCAGCAGCCGCAGCAGCAGCAGCAGCAGCAGCCGCAGCAGCCUGUUUCUGCUGUGCUUCCCAGCUGUGCUGCUGCUGCGAUACCUUCGCCUGCCGAGACAACAGCGGAAGCAGCUGCAGCAGCCCCUGCUGCAGCUGCAGCGGCUGCUGCAGCGGAUGUCGAAGCGCGUCGCACCCAUGCUGCCGCGCAUGCAACAGCAGGAGCAGCAGCAACAACAGCAGGGAGCCUCAGCAGCUCUUCUGUGGCCCCACAGCAGCAGCUGCAGCAGCAGGGGGAAGCUAAUGGGCUCCUUAAAUGCUUCUCCUCUCCUGCAGCAGCAGCAGAAGUCGUGCUGCGGCCCCCACCGACUUCGCUGCAGCUGCUGCGAGCGCAGCUGCCGCCAGAAUCAGCAGCAGCUGCUGCAACAACUGCAGCAGCAGCAGCAGCGCCAAGGAAAAUACGCAGUGACGUGUUCGCUGCGGGCUGGGGCAGCAGCAGCAGCAACAGCAACAGCAGCAGCAUGAGCCUCCCAGGACGCCUGAGGCCCUCUCAGCAGCAGCCGGUAGCAGCUGCAGCAGGUGGUGCUGCGCUGCUGCAGCAGCAAACACAACCGUUUCCCAGCAGCGAGGCAGUGGCCCACAGCGCGAGGCUGCAGCAGGCGCUGCAGCAGCUUCAGCAGCAGCAGCAGCAGCAGCAGCAGCAUGCAGCUACGAAGCCGAUCUCUGUAUGGCACAGCCCCACACAUCCGCAGCAGCCGUCUGUACAGGCAGCUCUGCAGCUGCUGCGGCAGCAGGCCUCUGAUGAAGCAGCAGCAGCAGCAGCAGCGGCAGCGGGUGGGGCCUCAAGAAGAGCAUUUGAUAGGAGAGCUGCUCAGCAGCAGCAGCAGCAGCAGCAGCAAGAAAGAAUAGAAGCAGUUGCGCGAGCUAUGCGCCAAUACGAGGCUGUGGGGUGGCCGUCUCCCUUCGCUGCGGGCAGCAGCAACACCGAUGCAGCAGCAGCAGCAGCAGCAGCAGGAGCAACAGAAGCAGAAGGAGGUGCAGAGCUACAGCAGCAAAGCGCUGCUGCUGUGCUGCAGUCAGCACUGGGUGCCCUUGAGGAGAGUUUGCUGCAGGGGGGCCCCCCUUCGACUUUAGGCGCGCCUCGUUCUGCUGCUGCACCUGCUGCUGCAGCAGCAGCAACAGCAGCAACAGCAGCAGCAGCAGCAGGCAGAGGCAGCAAGGAGCUCGGAGAAGAGCUGCUGAGCCACUUGUCGUGGAUACGCUGGGCCUUAAAGAAGGCGCAGCUUAACGUGGGGACUUCGCUGCUGCCGCUGCUGCAGCAGCUGCAGCAGCAGCAGCAGCAGGUAACAAAGCAGCUGUGGGGCCCCACAGCAGCAGCCUCUUCAUCUGCUGCCCCUCAAAUCAAAUUCAUCCCUCGAUCAAUUAGCACCCCCUGUCUCUUCGCUCUCAGGGAGUGGGUAGAGCAGCAGCAGCAGCUUGCUGCUGCUGCUGCUGCUGCUGCUGGCGAGAUGCCGCAGCAGCACCAGCAGCACGAUCCACAACAGCAAGAGCAGCAGCAGCAGCGGCAGCAGCAGCAAGCGGCUGCUGCGCUCGCUGAGUUGCUGCAGCGAGCAGCAGAAGAGACAUUAGAGAAGGAGGGUCUCCACCUACCUCGGCUUCAAACCCUCACGGCUUUACUCUUAGAUGAUGCUGCUGUGCUGCGCUCGCAGCAGCAGCAGCUGCAGCAGCAGCAGCAGCUGCAGCAGCAGCAGCAGCUGCAGCAGCAGCAGCAGUUGCAGCAACUGCAGCAGAAGAUGCCACAGGCAGCAACAAAGGAGAGCGAGGCAGCGAAAGCGCACGUCGGAGAAGAAGCAACAGCAGCAGAACAAGCAGCAGUAGCAGCAGCACAAGCAUCAGCAGCAGCAGCGGGUGAUGCAGAUGCUUAUCUUGCCUCUCUCAGCAGCCACGCUGCAGCCCGACGGCGGCAGCAGCUGCUGGAUGUCGCACAGCAGCAGCAGCAGGAGCAGCAGCAGGAUCAGCAAGGGUUUGUGUCCUCAGCAGCCGCAGCAACAGCAGCAGCAGCAGCAGCUGCUGCUGCUGCUUCUAAGCAUUUGACUGACUUGGGUUCUUCUCUACCUCGGCUUCAAACCCUCACGGCUUUACUCUUAGAUGAUGCUGCUGUGCUGCGCUCGCAGCUGCAGCAGCUGCAGCAGCAGCAGCAGUUGCCGCAGCAGCAGCAGUUGCAGCAACUGCAGCAGAAGAAGAUGCCACAGGCAGCAACAAAGGAGAGCGAGGCAGCGAAAGCGCACGUCGGAGAAGAAGCAACAGCAGCAGAACAAGCAGCAGUAGCAGCAGCACAAGCAUCAGCAGCAGCAGCGGGUGAUGCAGAUGCUUAUCUUGCCUCUCUCAGCAGCCACGCUGCAGCCCGACGGCGGCAGCAGCUGCUGGACGUCGCACAGCAGCAGGAGCAGGAGCAGCAGCAGGAUCAGCAAGGGUUUGUGUCCACAGCAGCCGCAGCAACAGCAGCAGCAGCAGCAGCUGCUGCUGCUGCUUCUAAGCAUUUGAUUGACUUGGGUUCUUCCGCCAAGAUUGCUGGGCUGCGAAGGCGCGACAAGGGUUUUGCUGCUGCAGCAGCAGCAGCAGCAAGAUCUGCUGCUGCAGCAGAUGUGUUAGCAGCAGGCAACAUAACAGUGUUAUCGCUAGCUCAGCAUCUGCAGCAGCCACCAGAGAAAGUGCUGCUGCUGUCUGAGAGCCUCUUGGGGGCCCCCGGGGGGCCCCCCGUUACACUCCAGUCGAAGAUAAAUGAAGAGGAAGCAGAGUUUAUUAGUGAUGAAUUAAACUGUCUUCAUAAGCUCAAACUCAGCAGCAGAACAAGCCCCCAGCAGCAGCAGCAGCAGCAGCAGCAGCAGCAGCAGAGGAGGGCCCCACCUGUUAUUACGG